AUGGCGGCGGGGGGCGGCGGCGGCCGCGGGGCCGGCGGGGGCAGCGCCCCGCGCUGGGGCGGCGGCGGCGGCCGGGCCGCGCCGCACGAGAAGCUGCCGGUGCACGUGGAGGAUGCGCUUUCCUACCUGGACCAGGUGAAGAUCCGCUUUGGCAGCGACCCUGCCACCUACAACGGCUUCCUGGAGAUCAUGAAGGAGUUCAAGAGCCAGAGCAUUGACACACCUGGAGUCAUCCGACGUGUUUCUCAGCUUUUCCAUGAGCAUCCUGACCUCAUUGUGGGAUUCAAUGCAUUUCUUCCUCUGGGCUACAGGAUAGAAAUUCCAAAGAAUGGGAAGUUAAGUAUACAGUCACCUUUGAAUAGUCAGGUGCCCCCAGAGCCUGUUCCCAGUGCUCUCCCUGGCAGUGGGCUGGUCUUGCACUACUCCCAGGAGAACUCCCACAACCACAGCGACUGCUCCGAGGAGUUUCGGCAGCAACUUCCCUACAAAGAAGAUAAAUCCCAAAUUCCUUUGGAAUCUGAUUCUGUGGAGUUCAAUAAUGCCAUCAGUUAUGUGAAUAAGAUCAAAACACGUUUCCUUGACCAUCCAGAGAUUUACAGAUCCUUUCUAGAAAUCCUUCACACUUACCAGAAAGAGCAGCUGAACACCAAGGGCCGACCCUUCCGGGGCAUGUCAGAGGAGGAAGUGUUCACUGAAGUGGCCAAUCUGUUCCGGGGACAGGAGGAUCUGCUCUCAGAGUUUGGACAGUUCCUCCCAGAGGCAAAAAGGUCUUUGUUCACAGGAAAUGGACCAUGUGAAGUGAACAGUGUCCAGAAAACUGAGCAUGAGAAGAAUCUGGAGCACAGCAAGAAGCGAUCCAGGCCGCUGCUGCUGCGCCCUGUUUCUGGCCCAGCUAAGAAGAAGAUGAAGCUGCGAGGUACCAAAGAUCUGUCAGUGGCAACAGUGGGGAAAUAUGGGACACUGCAAGAGUUUUCCUUCUUUGACAAGGUGCGCAGGGUGCUCAAGAGCCAGGAGGUCUAUGAAAAUUUUCUCCGUUGCAUUGCUCUCUUCAACCAGGAGUUGGUCUCUGGCUCUGAGUUGCUCCAGCUUGUUACACCCUUUUUGGGGAAAUUCCCAGAACUCUUUGCACAGUUCAAGUCCUUCCUUGGGGUGAAAGAGCUUUCCUUUGCUUCUCCACUGAGCGACCGCUCCGGGGAUGGAAUGAGCCGGGAAAUCGAUUACGCUUCCUGCAAACGCAUCGGAUCCAGUUACAGAGCUCUCCCAAAAACCUACCAGCAGCCAAAGUGCAGUGGGAGAACAGCCAUUUGCAAGGAGGUGUUAAAUGAUACCUGGGUUUCAUUUCCAUCCUGGUCUGAAGACUCCACUUUUGUCAGCUCCAAGAAGACUCCAUAUGAGGAGCAGCUGCACCGCUGUGAGGACGAGCGCUUUGAGCUGGAUGUUGUCCUGGAGACCAAUUUAGCCACAAUCCGUGUGCUGGAGAGCGUGCAGAAAAAGCUGUCCCGCCUGAGCCAGGAGGACCAGGAGAAAUUUCGCCUGGAUGAUUGUCUGGGAGGAACCUCGGAGGUGAUCCAGCGCCGGGCCAUCUACCGCAUCUACGGUGACAAAGCACCUGAGAUCAUCGAGAGUCUGAAGAAAAACCCAGUCACUGCUGUCCCUGUGGUUCUUAAGAGAUUGAAAGCAAAAGAGGAAGAAUGGAGGGAGGCCCAGCAGGGCUUCAACAAGAUUUGGAGGGAGCAGUAUGAGAAGGCCUAUUUGAAAUCCCUGGACCACCAGGCUGUCAACUUCAAGCAGAAUGACACCAAAGCUCUGCGCUCCAAGAGCUUGCUGAAUGAAAUUGAGAGUGUCUAUGAUGAGCAUCAGGAGCAGCAUUCGGAGGGGAGGAGUUCGUCCACGAACGAGCCUCAUCUUAUCUUCAUCUAUGAAGACAAGCAGAUUUUGGAAGAUGCAGCAUCUCUUAUCAGCUAUUACGUGAAAAGGCAGCCCACCAUCCAAAAGGAGGAUCAGGCAACCAUCAGGCAGAUUGUGCAUCACUUCAUACCAGAGCUGUUCUUCUCUCAACCACCUGAACACAACAUUUCUGAGGAAUCAACAGAUGAGGACAGAGAAAACCACCAGGGGCAGAACUUGGAUACUCCUGAGCUGCGGAAAAAACACGUGCCUGGGCCUCCAAGCAGUCCUUUGGAGACCAAAGCAACCUUCUGUGAUGUUACAGCUGCUGAGCCCCACAACACCCUGGAUGAUGUUUACAGCCUCUUCUUUGUCAAUAAUAAUUGGUAUUUCUUCCUGCGCCUUCACCAGACUCUGUGCUCCAGGCUCCUAAAGAUUUAUCGCCAGGCCCAGAAGCAGCUUCUGGAAUAUCGGACUGAGAAAGAGAGAGAGAAGCUCCUCUGUGAAGGGAGGAAAGAAAAAACCAAUGAUCCAGCCAUGGAGCUAAGACUGAAACAACCAAGUGAGGUGGAGCUGGAGGAAUACUACCCAGCCUUCCUGGACAUGGUGAGGAGCCUUCUGGAUGGGAACAUUGACCCCACACAGUAUGAGGACACCCUGAGGGAGAUGUUCACCAUCCACGCCUACAUCGGCUUCACCAUGGACAAGCUGGUGCAGAACAUCGUGCGCCAGCUUCACCAUCUAGUGAGCGAUGACAUCUGCUUGAAGGUGGUUGAGCUGUACCUGAACGAGAGGAAGCGAGGAGCUGCUGGGGGCAAUCUGUCAUCGCGCUGUGUCCGGGCAGCAAAGGAGACCAGCUACCAGUGGAAGGCUGAGCGGUGCAUGGCAGAUGAGAACUGCUUCAAGGUCAUGUUUCUCCAGAGGAAAGGACAGGUGAUCAUGACCAUUGAGCUGCUGGAUACAGAAGAAACUCAGACAGAAGAUCCUGUGGAGGUCCAGCACCUGGCAAACUACAUGGAGCAGUAUGUAGGGGUGGAAGGAGCUCCCAACAACCAGAACGAUGGCUUCCUCCUGAAACCAGUCUUUCUGCAAAGGAACCUGAAGAAGUUUCGCAAGUGGCAGUGCAAGCAGGUGAGGGCCCUGCGCAGCGAGGUCAAGAGCUCCUGGAAGCGCCUGAUCGGGGUGGAGAGCGCCUGCAACGUCGACUGUCGCUUCAAGCUCAACACCCACAAGAUGAUGUUCAUCAUGAACUCUGAGGAUUACAUGUACAGGAGGGGAGCUCUCUGCAGGGCCAAGCAGGUCCAGCCCAUGGUGCUGCUGAAGCACCACCAGCAGUUCGAGGAGUGGCACAACCGGUGGCUGGAGGAGAACGUGUCCAUGGAGGCCGUGGAUGUGGUUCAAGACUGGCUGAUGGGGGAUGAGGACGAGGAGAUGGUGCCCUGCAAAACCACCUGUGAGACAGUGAACGUCCAUGGGGUGCCAGUGAACAGAUACAGAGUGCAGUACAGCCGCCGUCCUGCUUCACCCUGAGCACCAGGCAAGGCAGAGCUUUGCUGGUGAAGCACAUUUACUAUGAGAAUAGUGGUGGGAAUGCAAUGUAUGUAUUAAUGAUAUUUAUCCAAACAGCAUUUUACUUUGGAUUAUCAUGUAUUUUCCAUAUGGCAUAGACUUGUCUCCUUGCAGUGUAAUCCUCCAGCCAUCAUGAAAAGACUUUUAAAAGCUUUUGUGGGAAGGGGGCUCUUGGCAUUGCCACACACUUUUCAGUAGUUUCCUGGCUUUAGGCCACUGCUGACCAGCUCAGUGAGGGGGUGAACUACCACUAGUGGCUUUGUUGGAGAGGUGGAGCUGGGCUGGUGUUUGAGCAGAUGCUGGCAGCUGCUUCCACUUCCAAGGGUUUGAUGUUCCCAAUCUUCCUGACUUUGUGCUGUCUUGGAGCCUGCAGAACUCUUCACUGUACGCUGGGAGUGCCAGGGGGGAUUUUUUAUCCCUGUGAACCAACAAGGCAACAGAUGACUCUUGUUGCUGGUGCUCUGACAAAAGGAUGGCCAACUCAAGGCUCUGAUGGUGCCUCAUCAACCAAGUGUUGUGGAGCAUGAACUGAGGAGAAGAACCCUGAGCUGUGGCUGAGAUCCCCCAGCUUUGGGAGCUGAGGACCUGCUGCAGACUCUGCCUUCCAGAAUAUCCAUGAGGAGGAAUAUCCAUGGGGAGGAAUGUGCAUUGCGAGGUGUGGCCCGGUUUUUGGGUUUGUGUUUUGCAUGCUGGAGGGCAGCUCCGGAGCUGGGCGUUUCCCCGGGCAUGGCCGGCGCUCCGCGGGCUGCAGCACACCGGUGACAUCGGCAGAUGGAGCUCCUGGAGCGCAGCUGGGAGCUGAGCUCCGGCCCGCGGACUCUCCUGUUUCUGCUGGGUCAGCACAGGCGCUGGGUUUGCAGGAACACACGGAAAUGUGCGAGGAGCAGAGAUCCAGCCACAACCAUCCCAGACGAGCUUUUCCACUGAAGCAUCUGUACUGCUAUCGAAGCUUUUUUUGCCAUGAAACCUAACCCAGCCUGCCCUGAUCUGUGCAGAACACUACAUCUGACUUAAUCUAGUGAGAAAUCAAGAGAAUUUACUUGUGUCUGUCCUGCAGCCCCACUGUGACUUCACUCCUGUUUUGCAGGGGCCAAGGGCAAGCACGCUGUCCGUGGAGUGUAUUUCAAACAUAACAUUUUGAAGCAUACCCAGCCUUCUUUCAGCUUUGCUUCCAACUUUUCCCUGGCUUUUGGGGCAAUAGCCCCCUCACCCCAAAACUUUCUGUGGCUUUGAUUUUUAGGUUAUGAUUUCUGCCAGACCUAAGGAGCAGCCUGUAGGACUUGUCCUGGGUUAUUUCCACUGUACGACAUUUGGUUUCGCAAUUGUCUCACUUGACAGUAGAAAAAUUGGCCUUUGGGGUAGGUUUAAUAGAAAACUGUCCCGAGUCUUUGUCUUUUUUGCAAAAUCAUCUGUGGGAGGGAAGGAGGGAGGCCACUCUCUGGCAUUUGUGGCCACUUGCACAACCACUGCCAGCAGAGACUUUUCAUCAGGAGCCCGUGUUCUCCUCUGCUAAACUUUGGUUCCUGAGGUGAUCUGAAGGUUCUUCCCCUCCCUCAUGGCAGUGAUGAGAGCACGUGGCUCUGCCAGGGCUGGGGGGAGCAGGGGGACAAGCCCAGUGCAAAGCACAGUGUCCCCCUUUCCCUUCCAGCCAGCUCACCAAACACACCUCAGUCCUGCUCACCUCUCUGCUGUCUCCCAGUGGAGAUGACAAUUGUGCCAAACUUUAUGGUUUUAUGAUACAGAAAACUGUUUACUAGAAAAUAGGUGGCAACUUGUGGCUUAAAAUGCGUUUGAUUCCAGGUGUACCAAGGUGGGGAGCACCCCUGGGCACCGUCCUGUUCCAUCAACCCAUUCUAAGUGUACUUCAGGUAUUUUUAAGCAUCCUUAUUUUGUAAACCUUAAUUUAUAAUCUGAACUGAUAUAAGGAAGACUUUUGCCCUUUACAGUGCUAUUGUCUCGAAGCUGAGAGUAGCAAGGGAUGUGAAGGGAAUAUCAGGAGGGUUGAGAGGGGCUUGUUCAUGUCUGAGGGUUUCAGCUGUGUAUCUGCACGACCUUGAGUCAAGAGUUUGUUCUUCCAUUUGUUUGAAGGAUCUUUGCUUUUGGGCUUGUAAUUGCUUUGCCAGCUCCUUGAAUGUAGUUUUUUUUAUAUUUAUUUGCACAUUCAAGUAAAAUAAAAUAUUGAUUUUAAAAGUC